UAAACAUUUCAACAGACUAAAAUAUAUUAAGGAACAAAUUUCGUGUUUCAUACUCAGUAUAUGGCGCAGACAAUUCUUCAGCGUGAAUCUGCAGAAUGCUCAAAUAAACAAGUAAACUUCCUUAGAGAAAAACUCGCAAGUGUGCAAAUUCUGGAAAAUUACUGCACAGGAUACAUUGAUGGAACGGUGGAGCAAAUGGAAGAACUUCUUGAACAGUUUCAGGUAAUUGAUUCUAUCUCGUUUGUGAAAGCUGACAACCACUCAAAAACAAGGGGCAAUAAACGUUUUUCACUUACAGCACCGCCAGUGUUUGAAAGCAAGAAGGGAGAUAUUCCAAUUGAGUUUUUUGGAAAUCGGUUUUUGAUUGUGAGCAACGAAACAAGACAUUGUUUACAUGGGAGCGCGAAAGUUAACAAGGCCCUGGGUCAUGGUGCAUCCAAUGAACUUCUCGUGGAGCUUUCUAUUGGUCGGGUAACUAGAGCUGACAUCAUAACGCUGAGACCUCAAGCAAUGCUUAACAACGAGGUCGUGAACGCAUAUUUCCAUAUGAUUGCCGAGCCUAGUAAGAAAAUUGUAGUUAGCGUUCAUGCUUGUAACACAUUUUUUUAUCCAAAACUGAUUAAAACUGGUCAUACAAGUUUGCGGCGCUGGACUAAAAAAGUUGAUUUAUUUUCGUUGGACAUCGUGUUAAUACCGAUUCAUCUUGGUAUGCAUUGUUGCUUGGCGGAUAUACCUGAGCAACAAAAUGGCUGUGACUGUGAGGUUUUUGCUUGUCAGUACGCUGAAUAUGUUUCUCGACGUUCAUCAUUUAAUUUAACUCAGGUUAGUCAAUUUACAGACUAUAUCUAG